UGUUAAUUGGAAUGUCAAAUCCCAACGCUUGGCGCGCAUUUCACUGCCAUUGCCCAUUGUUUACUUGGACCGGCAUUAGUUAUUGUUUUUAAGACAAGAACGGAAUCUUGUACACAUUCUCGUUAUUGGUUUCGGUAAAAUUCUGAACACAUAUCCGGUCCGGCCAUGAGUGAAAUAAAGGUGGUACAAAACAGUGCCAACGAUUUGCUGCUGCUCGGUGAUGCGAUCCGCAAUGUGCCGCUCAAAGAAAUAGCACAGAAAUCGCUGAAAGGACUACGGCGCCAGGAAAGCGAUAUCGAUUUGUACGAGUUUCUGUUUACCAACAUCAUACGCCAGUUCGAACCGCGCGAGUUUGAGGCGGAUGUUUCGUGUGCCAUACUACCGGAGUUGGUCUGCUUCUUGGAAAAGAUACAAUCGGAAGUACAAUCGAACGCACUGUCAUGUUUCUUCGUGGAAAAUCUUACCCUCUUACUGAAGCUGGCCGACGUGCUGCUGAAGCUGAUCGAGUACCUUACCGAAAAGGAGCAGCAAUGUCAGCUGCUACGAUCGCUCGUAAUAUUUCCCGAAUAUCUUGUACGCUGUUACACGAUCGUUCGCAAGCACUACUCAACGAUGGCACACGAAACGGAAGCGCUCGAAACGAUGAAAGCACUGUAUGCCGUAUGCAAGAAGCUUUUGCUAGCCUUCCUUGAGCUGCUGUACCCACGGGAAGCGUCCGGGCGCAACUACUUUCGUGCAAUCGAUUACGACACGGAGUACGAUUGUUUGGAGAAAGUUUGCAUCCUGCUAGCCAAUGUAGGGAAUGAAAUCAGUCCGAUCGAUUCCCUGCUUGCGAGCGACGUGUGGAAAGUGAUCGUGAAACUUUGCACCGAACACGUGGAAGAGUCCUUUAGCCACAAAAGAACCGGCUGGCUGGAUGAGAUCAUCACGAUCCUGAAUAACGGCAUUGGCGGCUCGUUUCACGAUGUACGGUCCAAAAAUGAACCAACGAAGCAGAGUACGAUCGCCUUAAAGCUGAACGCAUUCUUUCUGAGGGUAAUGCUAAAGAUACUGACGCUUACGAAGCAACAUGUGACGGAAAGCACAUACUCCUGUAUCAUACGAAGCUUGCUCGAGAUCAAAACUUGCCUUCGAACGAAAGCGAUUUGCAGCGAAUUGAUGGUGGGCGUAGAGCAGUACCUGCACAUCGGUUAUAUGGCCAUCGUGGAGCAUUCCUUCCGGUCGGAAUCGUUUGCAAAGGCUCUAUCCCAGUACGACUGCAAAACGCAGGAAGAAAUUCAUUCCUUCUACACCCUGACGAUGCACAUCGUCACACAGCUCCUGGCAAACAAAACCGAUAAUGGCCUUCAAUCGCUGUACUGCUACCGGCAUCCUCUUCUGCAGCAUGUAUCUGGCCUGUUGAAACGGUCCGACGCCUUACUCUACGCAAACUCCACACUCUACAAGCAAUUGUUUGUGCACUGCACCGCACUCAUUCUGAUGGGUGUACGGGUGAAGAAUCGAGCCGCACAGAAACGCAUCGAGGAAACGCUCGUUCGAAUGAUCCUGCAAGACCAUUACUACACCGCUCUGUUCGGUAUCGAUCUUUGGUCGAUCUUUGUACGCUACCAUUCCAUCCCGCUAACGUACGCUUACUUCCUGUUCUGGAAGAAGGUCAACGAUCACUACUCGAUCUUCACCAGCCGCCCGAAACAGGUGUACGUACGGCAGUUGCUACGCAACCUCUUCGUCUUUCUUCCGGUUACACACAAAGAAAGGGUAAUGAUCGCCUACCCUGCCACCGACAGUGCGAACGAUCGAUUGUGGGUCGCCCUGUGCCCAUUGACGAGUGAAAUCGAUGAAUCGAAGAGGAAGCAGUUCCUGGCCGGGUUGGAAGCCCGGCUGGUGCAGAGUACACAAGCAUGGCAGAAAGCACCCGGAAACGUUAAAACGUUCUACGAAGUGCUGGCGUUACUCAAGAUCACAGCCACCGUGACGAAGCCGAUCGAAAUGCCUCAGCUCAGAUGGGGUGCGAUCAUGAAAACGCCUUCGACUUACAGUGUAUUCGAUAGUUUCGAACGAAGCGCGCCUCGACUAUGCCUUAGUCCGCUGCUUAGCUCGAGCAAUGUACCAGCUCUAACGGAAGCGACGCCGUUUGUAAAGGUUCAGACGCUGAAGCUAAUAAUGGCAGCGAACAGUGGCAGCACAAUUGCUCUGGUAAAUGGACAGAGCAUGCUUGAGAAGCUACUGCGAGACAAGGUGCCGCUCGUGAAGGCAUACGCCUUGCUCGUGCUACUCAAACUAAACGACAAACAGCGGCCCGUCGUGGUACAAGAGCUUCUCAGCCAACAGCCUCACCUUCGGGCACAGCUCAUUCGUUUGCAGAGCAAUAAUAAUAUCGUCAAGCUUCCACCGUUCAAACCAAGUCCGCUCACUGCCGUUGUGCAUCGAUGUCACGACCGGAAAGUGGAUUCAUGCGAGUCAUUAGGCAGCCAAGUAAACGAACUGUUUCCCGAUAAUGAUGGCGACGAGCUGAUUCAGGACAUUAAUGUGGACAUGUUUGCUGAAACCGGAUCGCUAGCAAAAAAACGUAAAUUUGAUGCAACGAGGGUCGAGGAUCACGGCGCUGAUGGAGGGCAAAUCAACCAGUGCCUGAAGGAGUUACAGAGUCAAACGGUUCGGCUGGAACGACUAGCGUCCGGGCAAAGCGGUCGCCGCCUGCAGCCAUCGGAGAAGGGACAGCUGCGAAGCAUUAUCGCUUCCCUGACGAGGGUACUGGACAGUUGACACGAUGGUAGGUAGCAUUUGCUGUGAAUAUAUGGAUUUUAUUAAAUGACAGAUCAGUUUUAACAAAAGUGUCGUAGCAAUCUAUCGUUAGUCAGCAGUUAACCGAUAAUGGAAAUAUAUCCUGUGCAUGAUCCAAGCAGUGGAAACUUAUCGGUAGGAUGUAAAUGAAGAAGAGUCUCCUAAAUAGUUAUUACCCUUCUGCACCAUUUUUGCAAUAAUCCAUAACACUUUAAAGAUGUUUUAAGCUAUUCCCCUUUCGUACAAUA